AUGUCACGGCAAUGUACAGAUGUGAAUCGACGGUCACUGGUGGCCUCGGAUCACUUCUACGCCGACUUCAGAUACCCAUUCAUGCUAAAUAUGACACUACUCAAUGGGAAUGACUCCCCGGAGAGGGCCACAGCCCUAGAACAAGGCAUGAAGCUUACCGUCUCGGGAAACUUUGCCUUCGAGUACGGUAUUGAGGCCCUUGACAAACGCCUCGAAACCGGGGUUUCAGGUAGCGUCUUGCAGGUCACGCGCAAGGUCACAGCCAGCUACUCGUUACCAGAAUCAUAA